AAUCGUAAUGUAUAUGUACAACACGUGUUAAGUUUGCCCUGACAAUGAACGCGGAAUAAAAGCACUUCUGUCCAUGUGGGUGUAGUAACAUGUAGGCUAUUUUGACGGGGGGGAUCACGUGAUUAAAUACUUAGCCGUCGCCACCCCGCCAUCACGGCUGUCGUCCGAUCAACCGAUACUAUGCCACAACCCAUAGAUACGCAGACAGAACCAUUUCACAUCCUUUGGAAGCGAACGCGAUUAACCGAGCUGAUCUGUAACGUGCAUACAUAUAUACAUGUAUAUAUCACACACUGGUUUGAUAGAUAGGAAAGUACGAUAGAUACGAAACUGCUAACGUGGUAGGCACACAGCACGGUAGGAGGCCGAGCGUUAUGCUGGCUUGGUGGAAGAAGCGGUGUUAGUAAGGAAUAUAGUGAACUUCGCUUGACGACAUGAUACUUGUGAAAGAGUAUCAGAAUUCGUGUAAAGUUUAUGAUAAUUGUACGUAGUUUAAGCAAAAAUAUGAGUGCUCAAGACAAUUAUAUACACAAGCAUACAUAUAUAAAAUUAUAUGUAAUUAAGAGUACAAUGCUCUGUAUGGUUAUAAAAGUACACAAUGAUACGCGUAUACUCCUUUAAGAGUCUUAUGCUAUCUUCUUGUGUUUACAUACGCGUACAGUUAUAGUGUACGUGUAUAGGUGUGUAAAAAAAAAAAGAGAAGCAAGGUGGAGUAUUUGUACCACAAAAAAAGACAUACUGUAGGAGGGUGGGAAGAAGGAGAGCGGGAGUGAGGGAGGGAUAGAGAAUACACGCAUGCAAUCGACGAGAACGUCUUGUCAUAAGAAGUGCGAGUAUAAACAUUAACAUUGAAUCGAACUAACGUAUCAUCAACGAAUGAUUGCAGUGCAUAUAAUUAACAUUGGUUUGACAUUGUUUGCAAUUGACACCGUAUGAUGCCAUGAAAAAUAAUAUCUUUUUGAGUGGUUCUUCAUUUCUCACUCCGUGUGCGAUCAAUAUUACUCGGUCGUGGCAUACUGAGUCGAUCCAUUGUCUAACAGUGUCACUCAUCAUGGUGAUAAUAUUCAUCAAUCGAACGUAUUAUCAAUUUUAUUACUGUAACAAAUAGCAUUAAUAACAUAGUUAUUGAUUUAUUGUUGGUGAUCGUCAUAGUGAACGACGGUAACGACGACAGUGUAGUGACAGUGGCGACGACGGUGGCGGUGACUGUGACGGCGGCGGCAGCGACAGUGGUGGUAGAAAUAGCUGUGGCGGUGGCGGUCGAAUGGCGGUCGCGGUAGCGAUCGUGAUAGCGAUUGUAGCGACGAUAGAAACGAUAAUAUCAAAGACAGUGAGGAUAGAAACGAACAAUAGUGAUAACCAAAUUCACGAAACAAUGAAUAUGCAUUAUUUGAGGAAAUAUAUAACUCGUAUUAAAAUAACAUGAAAGAUAAAAAAAUAUGCAAAUGAAAUCAGCAAAAGGUAGAGAAAGAAAAAGCAAUCGCGAAUAAUCGUGUUUCGUUCAAAGUGUUUGUAAGGAAUUUUCGAAGAAAACGAAUAAAGUGUGAUAAAUGGAAAAUUAAACAAGAAUAAGAUAUCUUAAUUAUAUAAACUCAUUCAAAGUGGCAUAAACUCGUUCAAGAACGAAUUAUCAUGUACAUGGAAGCAACAUUGCAAUGGACAAUAGAUUGCGGAUAAUAGUCAGAUCGUCGAGUUGAAUAUAAUAUUACAGCAAAGGGAAUAGACAUAGAAAAAGACACAUGAACGGGUUAAGCUUGCUCUCGAUUCGCGUGCUAAAAGAGAACGCAUUGACUAAAAUGAACACUUUAUAUUUUUCCUUACUUAGUGCUAUUUUUCUCUUGUAAUCAGAAAUAUGUGCUAAAUGAACAAUACUUCGAAUUAAGUGUGACAAUUAAGUGUAAGUUUCUUAUAUUGUGGAUGUAAAUACAUCUGUAUUAUGAAUUGUACAAAAUAGCGUAGUAUGUCACAAGUUGUCUCGAAAAUUUCAUACAACGAUCGAAUCUGUUUUAUUCUCUUGACUCUUUUCAUAUACCAUAAAAAUAAUGGAGACAUUAUUACCCGGCAAUACGAACAAUCAAUCGUAUAGCCCGCAAUUGAAGACCGUCUUAAAGACAUAUCAAUUAUCAGCUGUGAAAAGUUUACAGGGUCCGAGUUCGGCCCUGCUUGGUAUGGACUGCAAAAGUCUAUUACAAGAACAAACACCUUGUUACUCUCCUUCAAACCGGUCGAGUAAUUGUGCCAUUGAUUCAGUAUCAGAGCAGAUUUCAAUAAAAGAUCCUGAAAAGGAUAAUAAUUCAUCUAUAGCACCCAUCAGGCCUUGUAAAAUCCGCAGAACGGAUCAACCGCUGGAAGAUUCAGAUGAAGAUCCGCAAUUGGAACGAUCGAAAAACAUUUGCGAAAAGAGAGAAUUAGAAUUUCAAAUACCUAUCUUAACGGCAUCUGACCAAAGUUGUUCCGAAAGAUGUGAAACAAUUUUAGAAGGCGAAAGAAUAUCAUGUUUUGUUGUAGGAGGCGAAAGGAGGUUAUGUUUACCACAAAUAUUAAAUACGGUCUUGCAAGAAUUUUCCCUUCAUCAAAUUAAUCAAGUUUGCGAUGAAUUACAAAUUUAUUGCUCACGAUGUACGCGAGAUCAGUUAGAGGAACUUAAGCAUUCAGGAAUUCUGCCGCGUAAUGCUCCUUCCUGUGGCCUUAUCACUCAAACAGAUGCUGAAAGACUUGUCAGUGCUUUACUUUUACGGACAGAAUCAUGUGAUCCUUCUCAAAUUGGUCAAACCCAAGAUAAUAUUGAAAAGAAAGUGUGCACUAAAAAUGAUAAUGAUGAAGAAUCUAUUGUCAAAUUUAAAGUGUAUCAUGAGUGUUUUGGAAAAUGUAAAGGCAUUUUUGAUCCAAAUUUAUUUGAAUCCGAUGAUUCAGUGUGCAUAGAAUGCAUUGAAUGUGGAUGUCAAUUCUCACCUCAACGUUUCGUUAGACAUGCUCACAGAUCUCUUGAAAAUCGUACCUGUCAUUGGGGCUUUGAUUCUGCGAAUUGGCGAUCAUAUCUAUUACUUUCACGAGAUCAAGAACACUAUAAUAAAUCACUUACUUUAUUUCGAGAAUUGAAAGAAAAACAUCUUAGAUUGAGUUCCAAGCGAAAAUCAGAGCAUGAUUCAGAAAAAUUAAAACGAAUUAAGAAAGAUAUAGGAAGAGAAGAUUGCCCUGCAAUUUAUAAUGGAAAUGGCUUAGGCAUAUAUCAUCCUGUAUCACAAGUAGCUAAUGCAACUGAUCCAUAUCUACAAAUGUCAUGGGCAGUUUUUGAAUUAGCAGCUAGAGGAGCAUCAGCUUUUAGACCAUGGAAUACCACAAAUACAUGCAAGCAUAAAGAUAAUUCAUCAUUAGUGCCUGCAUAUCUUAGUCGUGGUCCACCUGUACUACAACAUCCAGAACAUGUGGUUCCUCUCUCUGAAUGUAAACGUUUUGAACCACAUUUUCAACCAAAUGUAGCCUUAGCACCUAUACCUGCACCAUCUGUGCCUGUAGUACUUCCACCAUCUGCUCAUCAUCAGCGGCGACAUCAUCAUGAACAUAAACGUUAUAAUCAACAUUCAUCAAGUUCUAAUGAGAAGAAAGAAAUUUUAUCAGAUAGUGUCAAAUCUGAGAAAACAUCUCCUAGUUCUGGAUCUAGUAUUGGCGUAUAUUCUGCAUUCCCUUCUUAUGAGUCUGGAAAUAAUCAAAAAGAACUGCCUCAUAAACCUAAACAAGAAAUUGGUGAAGAAGAAGAAAGUAGUGCUGCUGUAACAUCUUCUACGAUAAAUAUAGAACCACCUUUGGCUGAAAUUGGAACUUCUUCGCUAGAAAGUGAUUCUGAUUCUGAAGGAACAGCAGCAAUAGAUUUAGAAGAAAGAUUGUUAGCCUUGGAAGUACCACAAGAUGUUCUGGAGUUAGCACGGCGUAUAGUUUCAGAAAAUGCACAAUUACGACGCCAUCGACGUUCAGACGCACGCGAAAUAUUACGAUUACGUAAUCAAUUGCAAAUGCAACAAAUACAAUCAUCUAAUGAUGGUGAUAAAAAGGAGGAACCAGUGAAUGCAGCAAGUGCAGCAGAUAGCACAGAAGCUGGAGUACAUAAUUUCAAUUUGGAGAAAGAUUGUACUGGAACAGGAGGCACAGGUCUUGGUUUGGGAACAAAAGUACCAUUACCUCCUGGUCGUAUAACAGGAAGUGCUAGUAUUGAAACAUUAGUUAGAGUAGGUAUAGAAAAAGAAAAUGGUCUAUCACCAGAUAGUAAAAUGGUUAUUGUUCAUGAUUUUACACCAUGUGUUGAUGAUGAACUUCAAGUAAAACGGGGUCAGGUUGUAAAUGUUUUAUAUAGAGAGAAUGAUUGGGUAUACGUAAUAGCAGCUGAUACACGUAUGGAAGGUUUUGUUCCACAUUCAUAUUGUGCACCUUAUACGUCUCAGCUUGCUGAAUUAACACUUGCUACUCUUAACAAUGUAAAAAAAAAAUUGCCAAGAUCUAAUGAAACUGAUUGUGAUUUUACCGGUACAGGUCGUUCACAAACAGUAGAUGCACAACAAACUGAUACUGGAUCAGCAUCAGACUGUGAAAGUUAUACUCGUAAUAUUACCACUGCUGAUGUAAAUGUUAAUAGAUCUAACAUUACACAGUCUCAAAAUUCUAUUCAAACUAUAUCUUCUCAGCCAGAUGUACAUCCUUUUUUUAAGGAUCCAUCAGCUGGAAGGUACAUUGUACUUUAUACUUUUGUGGCUAGAGAUGAAAAUGAUGUUAGUGUAGAAAGAGGUGAAUUUGUAACUGUACUCAAUCGAGAUGAUCCUGAUUGGUUUUGGGUACUAAGACAUUGUGAUGGUAAUGAAGGAUUUGUACCAUCAGGAUUUGUCUAUCCAGGACAUGUUCUCCAUUCAUAUGCAACUACAACUACUACAACCACUACCACUACUACUGUAGCUACUACAUCUACAGAAACACAUGCUUUAGGAAAAGGAAAUAACAAUAUAUCGGGAAAUGAGUCAUUACAACAAAAAGGUUUACGAGAUUUUCGAGAUGAGACAAAUGGCACGGAAUUAGUAGUACUUUACGAUUAUAAGGCGCAGGCGCCAGAUGAUUUAUCUGUGAGAAGAGCUGACUGGAUAUAUGCGGAUUUAGGAAAUCAAACUGUAGAUGGUUGGUUGUGGGCAUACGCGCCUAAAACUCGUAAAUAUGGAUUUAUUCCAAAAGCGUAUGCUCGGCCUCCUGCUAUGACGAGUUUAUAACAUAUCAAACAUACUUUUCUCUAACAUUUUAUAUAUAUAUUCAAAUAAUAAUAUACUAUUACAUAGUAUUACACUAAACGAUACCCAAAAUUUGGAUAUACAUCAAAAGUAUGAUUUUUUCUAUUAACAUUGACAUUGAGUGUAGCACAAUCUGAUGUAAUGUGACUGAGAAGACCUUCGUGCAGAACUAUGCAAUCACCUGUUGAAAAAAUGUCUUGAGGACAUUGAGCAGUUCUUAAUGAAUUCACUGGACCUGUAUAUGUUAGGCAACGUAAGCCUUCAUUAUCAAUCUUGUCUACAGCCUGUUAUGAAAGUAGUCGAAUAUGCGUAUCAUUUAUUAUGUACAUAGAUAUUAAUCAUUUGUUUAACUAAAUAUUUGUUUGUUAGCAAAAUUAUAUAAUAUACCUGAAUACUACAUAAAA